GUCCAGAGCUAAAGCCAACCGGAGGUGGCGGUGGCGGCUGGGAACUGAGGGAGGUGAUGCCGCCUGGCCCCACGUGGUCCCGCCCAUACCCCAUGUGGGUUUAAGUCCCUCUAGUGACCAUCCCUACUCUCAGGCCCAUGGAGCCCUCGCGAGACUAUCCACUGUUCGGGGGCGCCUUCUCCGCCAUCCUCCCCCCCGGAGCCAUUGAUGUAAGUGACCUCCGACCGGUCCCGGACAAUCAGGAAGUUUUCUGCCACUGCGGGACGGACCAGAGUCUGAUCGUGGAACUUCUGGAGCUGCAGGCCCACGUGCGGGGCGAAGAGGCUGCGCGGUACCACUUUGAGGACGUUGGCGGGGUGCAGGGGGCUAGGGCUGUGCAAGUGGAGGCUGUGCGGCCCCUGCCUUUGGAGAACCUAGCCCUGGGGGGUUGCUGUCAAGAUGCCUGGGUUCUCUCUGGCAAGCAGCAAGUAGUUAAGGAAAACCAUCAGGUAGCAAAGGAAGUGACAUUACACCAGGCCUUGCUGCGGCUGACCCAGUACCAGACGGAUCUCCUUCUCACCUUCAAUCAGCCCCCCCCUGAGAACAGGUCAUCUCUUGGCCCUGAAAAUCUGUCACCCCCACCUUGGAGCCUGGGUGACUUUGAACAACUGGUGACCAGUCUGACCCUUCACGAUCCCAACAUCUUUGGUCCCCAGUAGAGAUGCUGAAGCACCGUGUGAUGCUGCUGAGGACUUAGGGGCCCAGUAAUGCAAGGGGGACAAGGGGUUGGAUAUCUGGGUUUCCCCUUAUUCCUUCCCUAUGCAUAAACAUAAGACGCCUCCACUCUGCAGAAAUAAACUUGCUUUAUAAUCAA